AUGUCUGCUGUGGCAGGACGCCAGAAUUUGGCUCCAAAGGGUCACAGAUUUAAUUUCCUUGCCUUGUCCCAUAGGCUUUUUGGGGACACCUGCCCCCUGGUUUCUCUCUCCUGCUUCCAGACUCCUCAGCGAAUCCCAUAUAAUGAAGCUGUCCAACAGGAAUUCAGACCUGCAGCAGUCGGGGAUGCCUUUGGGCCCACGUGGUGGACCUGCUGGUUUAAAGUGGAGCUCAGCAUCCCACGGGAGUGGGCAGGGAAGGAAGUGCAUCUCCUCUGGGACAGUGACGGGGAGGCCAUGGUGUGGAGGGACUCACAGCCAGUCCAGGGCUUGACUAGAGAAGGUGAGAAGACCAGCUACAUCCUGACAGACAGCCUCAUGGAGACAGACCCUCACAAUCUGAGCCUCUACGUGGAGGUUGCCUGCAACGGCCUCUUUGGGGCUGGGAAGGGCACCAUGAUUGCACCUCCGGACCCUGAGAGGAAAUUCACUUUGAAUAAAGCGGAGCUGAUCGUCUUCAAUAGGGAUGUCCAUGAGCUGCUGGUAGACUUUGAGAUACUGUUGGACAUGGCCAAGCACCUUGGGGAGAAAAACCAGAGGAGCUUCCAGGCUCUGUACACAGCCAACCAGAUGGUGAACCUCUGUGACGUCACAGACCCAUCCACCUUCCCUGCAGCUCACCAGCUCGCCUCCACCUUCUUCAGCCAGAGGAAUGGAGAGAGCCAGCACACAAUCCAUGCCAUGGGCCACUGCCACAUUGAUUCAGCUUGGCUGUGGCCGUAUGAGGAGUCCAUCCGGAAAUGUGCUCGCAGCUGGGUGACCGUUGUCCACUUGAUGGAAAAGAACCCAGGCUUCACCUUUACCUGUUCCCAGGCACAGCAGUUGGAGUGGGUGAGGAACUGGUACCCUGGGCUGUAUGCUCAGAUUCAGGACUUUGCCAGGAAAGGACAGUUCAUACCUGUUGGAGGCACCUGGGUAGAAAUGGAUGGGAACCUGCCCAAUGGGGAGUCGAUGGUGCGCCAGUUCCUGCAGGGCCAGCGGUUCUUCCAGGAGCAGUUUGGGAAGCUCUGCACAGAGUUCUGGCUGCCAGACACCUUUGGAUACUCUGCCCAGCUGCCCCAGUUGAUGCGCGGCUGUGGAAUAUGGCGGUUCCUCACUCAGAAACUCAGCUGGAGCCUGGUGAACACCUUUCCACACCACACCUUUUUCUGGGAAGGCAUUGAUGGCUCCAGCGUUCUGGCCCAUUUCCCACCUGGCGACUCUUAUGGAAUGCAAGGCUUCGUGGAAGAGAUGCUGAAGACUGUGAAUAACAACAAAGACAAAGGCCGUGUGAACCACAGUGUUGCUCUCUUUGGCUUUGGAGAUGGAGGAGGUGGCCCAACCCAGAAGAUGCUGGACAGGAUGAAGAGAAUGAAGGACGUGGAUGGGCUACCCAGGGUUCAGAUGUCUACACCUGACCAGUUUUUUUCUGUCUUGGAAAGAGAUGGGUCACAGCUGUACACCUGGAUAGGAGAGCUGUUUCUGGAGCUGCAUAAUGGCACAUACACCACCCAGGCUCAGAUAAAGAAAAGCAAUCGGGAAUGUGAGCGGAUACUGCAUGAUGUUGAAGUCCUGAGCAGUUUGGCCGUGGCACAGAAAAGUGCUUUCCCAUAUCCUGCCACCAAACUGCAGCAUCUGUGGAGGCUUCUGCUUCUGAAUCAGUUCCAUGAUGUGUUGCCAGGCACCUGUAUUCAGCUGGUAGCAGAGGAUGCCAUGAGUUACUAUGAAGAAAUCCGUUCUGUGGGUACUCUCCUCCUGAAGGAAGCUGUGCAGUCCUUGAUUGGAAAACUUUUGCCAACUGGCUCGGAAGCAGCCGAAAGCACUGUGAUCAUGAACACGUUGCCUUGGGAACGGACGGAAGUUAUCUCCAGGGCCAGACCAACCGGAGCAGACACCUUAGCCCUCGUGAAGGCCUGUAGCAUGGGCUACUCUGUGGUGAAGGACUCAUUAACACCACCUCACCCUGUAAGGGUGGUUAAACAGUUGGAUGGGUCCAUUACCAUGGAGAAUGGGGUUAUUGCAGCUCAUCUGGACUCAAUGGGACAUGUGACAUCGCUUCAUUUAGUGAGCUCUGGGAGAGAGGCAGUCCCUGAGGGCUCCUGUGCUAACCAGUUUGUGAUAUUUGAUGACAUUCCCUUGUACUGGGAUGCCUGGGAUGUGAUGGAUUAUCAUCUAGAAACCAGGAAGCCAGUCACGACCCUUGUGAAGCCACUGGAAAUUAUCUUGCCAGGGGCCCUGCGAGGAAGUGUCAGAUUCUCUCUGCAGAUCAGCGAGAAGAGCAUCAUCACCCAAGAGGUCAUCCUGGACGCCAUGUGCCCUUAUCUUCGAUUCCUGACCCAGGUCGAGUGGAACGAGGCUCACAAGUUCUUGAAAGUGGAGUUCCCUGUGCAGGCUCGGAGCAUGAAUGCCACCUACGAGAUCCAGUUUGGCCACCUGCAGAGGCCAACACACUGGAACACGUCUUGGGACUGGGCACGAUUCGAGGUGUGGAGCCAGAAGUGGAUGGAUCUGUCAGAGCACGGCUUUGGGGUGGCGCUGCUGAAUGACAGCAAAUAUGGUGCCUCAGUGCAUGGGAACACCAUGAGCCUCUCGCUCCUGAGAGCACCUAAGUCCCCUGACACCACUGCAGAUAUGGGACACCAUCAGUUCACUUAUGCUGUGAUGCCUCAUCUGGGCUCCUUCCAGGAGGCUGGUGUGAUCCGUUAUGCCUACAGCUUGAACUUUCCUCUCCACACAAUGCCGGCUGUCUCUGUGCAAUGUCCAGCCUGGAGCGCCUUCUGUGUGUCUUCCCCAGCUGUCGUGCUAGAAACCGUGAAACAGGCUGAGGACAGGCCAGGUGUCCUCGUGGCCCGACUGUAUGAGUCUCACGGCAGCACUGUAGUCACCUGGCUCCAGACCUGCCUUCCUGUGAAGGAAGCAAUCACAUGUGAUCUCCUAGAACGGGCAGACCCAACCAGCCACCUGCCGCUGAAGGAGCUUGGUGUGGAGCUUUCCUUUACGCCAUUCCAAGUGAUCUCCGUGCUCUUAGUCUUGGGGUAGUGAGCUACACUAGUAUCCUAUCCCUGAGCCAAUGCCACAGGCAGCCGUCAUCAGGUAAUUUCAGCAGCUCAGCUAAUGGGCGUAUGGACAUCCCAAAGCACAGCUGCACAAAGAACCCCUUUUCCCAGAACAUCAUAGUAGAACACCACCAUCUUGGUAGGACACGAGUGCCAAGUGUCAGUAUCUUCUCGGGGUGUUUUCAUAGUGAUAGACAAAGGAGAGAUAUGGGUUGGGUGGGGAGACUAUGACAAGCCUGGUGCUGGGCUGGUUGAGAUCCUCAGGGACCAGCCUCAGCACAGAAUCCUGGUGCAUGUGAGGGAGCGUCUCUAGAGUUCUCUCCCCAAGGAUGUCCCCUCUCCCCGAGGAUGUUCCUGUUGCUCCCCCAAACCCAGCUUGUCCUUUGCUCCCUCCAGGGCACUUGCUUUCCAGUCCUUUCCCUGGUGAUGACAAAGCACCCUCUCUUUCUGUAAAGCUGCCCAGCCAAGAGCCUGGAAAGAAACAGCAUUAAAGAUGGAUGAAGUUGC